AUGGCCUUCAUCUACACUCGUGCCACCGCCGUCAUCUCUUGGCUUGGGGCACCCCCGCAGGUGUCUGGCACGGCGGGGAAGAGUUUCAUUGAACUCGGCGAGUUCUGGAACGCCGGCGACGGGAGGUGCAUCGCCUCACAGUUUGCUUCAGCCAUUCGACAUCCUCCGGCGGGUGCCCCAGCAAAACCCUUUACUUGGGCAUGGAGGGUCAAAAACAAGGCCGACAUGAGGACUAUGCAGAGCGCCCGCGUCGCCGCCAAUCCGUACUGGCAGCGUAUGUGGAUUGUUCAAGAAGUCUGCCUACCGCAACACCUGGCCUUCCUUUGUGGCGGCUAUCUCUGGACUGAAUCCAUGAUGUGGGACGCCAUCAAGGCCAACAAGUCGGUAACAUCUCCCUAUGACUCGGAAGUAUUACUGCAGGUUAGCGGCGAGGCAGCAGCCCCCGCUGCCGUCAGUGAGCAAUACCACGCCACUAUGGAGCGCCUCCUCUCGGUUAGGAGCACGCGAUUCAGUGAUGCCACGCGCCUCGAAUCACUCAUGGAGCACUUUAUGGACUAUGGAUGCCAAAAGAGCCGCGACCGUGUUUUUGGGCUUGCCGGCUUGGCGAACGACAUUGAACCAUUCGCAGUGGCGAAAGGCGCGGUGUCGCAAUCGCCCUCCGCGAUGCCUUCAGGGACUCCAAGUGGUACCAGUCGCCUAGAGAUUGACUAUACGCGAUCUUACUACGAUAUCUGGUGCGACGUAGUAGCACAUAUGUACUUCCGGGCAACUCCCUUACUUGAUUUUGGCGACACACCCAACGAGAAGGAAGACGAGCGCCGAAUUCGAGUGGUGCGCUUCGCCGGAGUGGUACAACGGGCGUUAGAUGGGCAGGUCGAAGAAGAACGAACCUUGCUUCACGAGGCAGGAAUGGCAGCCCAGGUCCCCCGGGAACCCUUAAAGGUCAAGGGAUAUAUUGCGGGAAGAAUUCUCUCUCUUGGUCCAAGGUAUACCGAAGGUCUCGGCUGUUCCCGUGCGGACCAGCACUGGCUUGCAUCGUCGAAAACCUACUAUACGAAAGCCGGCGAGCUCGAAACACUUCGUCGAACCGAAGCGUCAUACAAGACUAAGAUCCUCGCGUAUUCCAGCCAGGACCUACGACGCAUCUGCAUCAUUGAUAGCGCCAGUGCCAUAGCCUGGGGCAUCCUCCAGCCACCCCCAGAUGAACCGGUUUCGCUGCCGCCCCUGGUUUGUACGAUGGCGUCGCGACAAGCUGGAGAUUCCGCGGCCGCGAACCGAGAGCCCGUCCGCUUCCUAGGCACAUCUCUCCUCACCGGACUUGCCCCGGCGUCAGCGGGGGUUGGGGACAUAAUUAUUCGCUUCUGGAACUGCGACGCUGCCAUUGUGGUGAGGCCGACCAUGCCGUUGCCAGUAGAUCUGGAAACAGACCUUCUUGAUGCGCGCCUAACAUAUUGCCGUAUCGUCGGCCGCGCUGAUAUUGCCGAGACCUAUGAGCGUCCUGGCGACGGGACGGAUGAUAUGGCAAAAAGACUUAUGGAUGUUUUGGAGACGUCCGAAGAAAUUGAAGGCAUGUCAUUUCAGCAGUACAGCAGGGGGGUCUAUGUCCGUUUAGAUUUUGCGACGCUUCAGAAGAUCUCGGCAGCGAUUCAUAUCUGA